AAUAACAAUUUAAAUAUGAUGGAGAUAUCGUGCGGUAGUGAUGAAACAUAUAUAAUAGAACAAUCUAAAAAGUUGAGAUCAACGGAUCCUUGCGCUGCAAAAGCUUGGAUUAUUACAGCAAAAACUUUGUUUCCAAAUAAUUUUAAUGUUCAAUUUGAGGCAUAUCGUUUGGAGAAGGAUGCAAAUAAUUGUGAAGAGGCCGCAAAAUGUUUCAGUUACAUUAUUCUAACAUUUCAAAAUCAAAACGUCGAAUUAUGGGAUGAAGUAAAUGAGCUAACAAAUGCUUUAAGAGCUCCUGAAAAUGAGAUCACUCCGCAGCAAGAGUUUUAUGUUAAAAUGUUUCAACAUGUUUCUUAUGAUGUUCAACACAAAAUACUAAUGUUAACCGUUAAUCAUACAGAAAAUAGUUUAAAUCAAUGCAAACUAUUGUUAUUGGUCUUAAAAAGAUUUCCUCAAGCAGCCGUAACACAUUCUCCACGACUUUUGGAAAUGAUAGCUGAUGGUAUGAAACAAAAUCCCCAAAAAUAUCAAGAAAUUCUGGUAGAAGAAGCAUUGCCUUUAAUAUAUCACAAAACUCCAGAAUUGCCGGCCGGUUUAGUAUGUCGCUUGUUUACAAUUUCAUUGGAAUAUUAUAUAAGGCAAAUUAUAGAUGAAACGAAAUGUGACACCGCCGAGGUGUGGAAAAAGAUAUUUCAAGUGUUAAUGUUGUGUGGCAAGAUACAACGUUGGGAGACCUUUUUGCCUUUUAAUAAAACCUGGGGACAAAAUGUUUAUUGGGAUAAACUUAUAGAAAUAGUUUCAACAAGUGCCGCUGGCAGUAGACAAGUCUUAUUCUAUGCCACAACACUAUUUAUUUAUUCACUGCACUGUUACAUUAAAAACUGCAAUACGCGGCCAGAGGAUAUGGAAAUUAAUCAUGUACUAGUUGAGGGCUUCACAGAUUGGAAAUUAGAACGCACAGAUGCACAGAGUAUGGAACCGCCACGCAUAUCAUUAACAACGCCAACAAGUGAAGAAAUUUCUAAAGCCUUUGUCCAUGCCGCUCAAUGUUGGCAACUGUUAAAUACCGAACAAUUUCAAAGAGAUUUUAGUAAACUUCUGCUAAAAUUCCCAUUAUCACCUUGGAUAUCUAGAUUUCUAUUUGAUUUGGCAAUAUAUUUUGGCCACCAAGAGGAAGCUAAAAAACUUAUGACUGAAAUGACUAUUAAAAGUAGUUUGGUACACCAUAUAUUAAAACUAAGUUUGAAUUUAUUGCAAGGCAAACUAACAUACGAGGGCUUUGAGUGUAUAUUAAAAGUUAUAAGCGAUUUACCACCAAGUCAAGGACAAGUUUUGGAACAAUUAACUUUGAAAGUGCCACGACACAUGAUAUUUAUACCUUUAACGCAAAAGGCUUUAGUGCAAUAUUGUACCAAUGCUAUAGUAACUAGUUUAAGUCGAAAAAUCUAUGAACCCAAUUGUCCGGAUGAUAUUUUAGGCGAUCUCUUGAUCUUACUUCAGCUGGAAUAUCCACGUGAAACAGAAAUAGCUGAACAAAUAUUUUCCAUAAUAAGCAGCCGUCGUUCUUUUACAUUUCGCAAUUUUUCGGCGUUUCUGGUGAACAUAGAUUUUAUUGAAGAGUUUAUGUAUAUUUGGCACACCCACAAUGAAGAAUUUAAUUUCGAUUUUACUUCCAACAAUGUGCCUGCAGGAAACUGUCAAGGGUCGGCCGGUGCACGUCGUACCCGUGGUUCCGAUAAAGGCGUGAGAGAAGAUUUUCGCUUGAUUAUAAAACAACAAAUAACACGUUCCAAUGAAAAUGUCACUACAUUAAUUGCCAAUUUUAUAGGUCAGGAACAUUUGCGUUUAAUGCACUAUUUAUUUGAUGUAGAUGUUGGUCAGUUUUAAUUUGAUUUGUUUACAUAUUUUCUAUUAAUUACGAAUAAAUAAAUAAUGUUUUACAUUAAAAAUAA